UAAUACUAACAAUAAAAUGAAAUUAAUAACAAUAAUAAUCUUGUUUUCCCUAAUUCGCGACGAUUUAACCCAAUUUGAGGUGUGGAUCGGAAAUGAGUCCAAAGAAAUAAAUGGUGUAGUGGACAUAGGGAUUGAAGUUCUUGAUAAUAUUCCGAGCUCCACCGUCGAUUUAGCUGAUGCAUUUAUUAACGAAGUAGUUAAUGUUAUUUAUCUAGAAGAGCAUGAGAAUAUCACCCAAGUUGGAGACCACGAUUUCAUUUAUGCCCAUAACUCCUUUUUGCUAUAUAAGAUAGCCGCACACGAAGUCAUGGCACACAAUAAAUCUUUACUCCUUAAUCGAAAUGAAAAUAAAAAAAUGGAUGCAGCUACAGAAUUAUUAGUCGAAGAAGCAGAGCAAGAACGACGGUUAAUAUUACAAAUGCUUAAAUUUCAGGGGAAAAUCCAUCAAAAAAUAAUGGGAUCGAUGCAUGGAAAUGAAGAAAAUAUCAAUUCUGCAGAAAAGGCACUUUUAUUAAUAAAUCAAACAAAUCAAUUUAAUGUGGAAUUAUUCAUCAAGAAGUUAACGAAGUUGUUUGAGUACUCAGCAAAGCUUGAAGUGUUGUUUGAAGAGUAUCGAGGGUAUAUAGAAAAUUUUGACAAAUAUGAUCUAAAAUCUAUUAAGAUGUUUAUUAACAAAUGCAUGGGUGCAAAUUUAAAUGAUCAAAAAAGUCUGAUAAAUAUAAUAGAUAUGGAAAAUUUGUUGAUAAAUGAAAAUAUGGGAAUUUUUCCUUUUAUUACUAAUGAUGUGGUGGCAAAUUAUAUAUUGGCCAAUCGCCAAAUUUCACCUUUACAAUUUAUGCAUAAUUUAUUUGCUUAUGUUGUAAUCACCGAAGUAAGAGCUUUGACUGUUAUAGACUUUGCAUACCAAUUAUCGUACUUUAUAAAAAGAGGCACGGUAAUCUCAUUUUUGAAAUAAUAACCAAAACUAUCAUUUAUAUGUAUACUUAAUUAGGUCAUACCUAUAAUAAAAUAUACGAAGAUUAUGUUCAUGAUAUGGGUUUAAGAGUUAAACGGAUUAUAGAAUCAUUACAGCUUAAUUCAAUGAAACUUAGUGGAAAACAAUGGGUGGUCGAUUCAAAUCAAUCUAAAAUUGGAAAUCAAUAUGUAUUCUUUACUGAUUUUAUGAAAGGAAUCGUAUAUCGCGAUACUGAUUGUUCAUAUGCUGGUAUCCCACUAACGAAAGACGACGAACAGCGUAAAUUGUGUCAAUUGGAUAAUAGACAUGUAUGUACAGGAAUGGUAUAUUGUAAUAGUGGUACAUCCUCAGCUAAUAUAUAUAUUUGUUAUCAUAAUGCAGAUAUAAACAGACGUUAUGAUUAUGUACUAUUAGAAAAAGACGAACUUUCUUUAAAAUGCAGCGGUGAACAGGUUGUUUAUAAUUUCAAAGAAAAUUGUCGAGACUGUCUUUGCUACUGCGAAGAACCGAAUUCAAAUUCCACAAACAGAUUUAUCAGUUUGGAUGAAAUGGUAACAAACACAGCUGAAAACAAGAUUAUUACCGGAGUUCGUUUAAACAAAUACAAGGGUGUAAUAACGAUAGAUAUUCGGGAAUCGCAACUUAAUUGUAACGGUUAUAUCCAAGCAGACACCACUAAAUGGAUUAUUAAUAAAGGGAAUACUUAUUUUAAGUUAACUAAUCCUGAUAAAGUUUACAUAAAAGUGGGCGAGCUAAAAAUCGAUGAUACAAAAGUUGUUACUGGUGUACGUUUCAUUGAAACAGAAAACGGCGUUGAAUUACAAAUGAGAGUUAAUGAGCAUAUGGUGUGUGAUGGUACAACACUCUUUUCAACAACAAAACACGAAUGGGUUUCAAAAAAACCGAAACGUUACGAAUCAGUAAUUAUUGAUCUAACAGGGCUAGAUCUCCCAACAAAAGCAGAAGAAAAUGAGUUAUUUAAAAUUAAGUCGUUUAAUGAUAAACGCAUAAGAGUUGCACCAACGAGUUUUACCAGUGAUGGAGCACAAACGGUGAUUCCCUUUUUUGAUAUUCGCCCAGUUAUUACUAUACCCCCUAUUCCAAUAAGAGGGGUUGGUUUAGCGUAUAAAUCGGCAAAUUCUAACAAUGGGGGUUAUAUAGCUCCAUAUAUUGUUGUUGCGGAUUUUUCGAAAAACAUUGAUAUUAAUAAUUUAAAGAAAAAAAUGUUACUAACUAGAAGAUAUGCUUCAAAAUCACUUACUCUUUCUGCUGAAAUUGUUGUGAUAAUUAUAAAUUGUUUUAUCUUAUUCACUAUCUAAUUAAUUUGUACCCAAAAUUGUUUAUAAUAAAACGAAUAAAUAAUCCAAAGCACAGA